UGUGUGUAGGCGGUACUAUAUUUGUGGCGACGUGUGUCUUACAUAAAACUCUACUGUGGCUACUGCUGAAAAUUGUGGCGACUUGCACACGUCGCCACAGACAUUUUAUGAAAUUAUUCGCUACUGGCUCAUUUCAACCAAUGAAAUCGCUAGUUGACGAACGUCUGCCUGCCAGUCAAUUGUGAUCCUCAAGCAUUCUUACCGUUGGAUCAAUUAUUCUGCGCAAAAACCUGAAAAGUGUGUAAGUCGCCACAAUUCGGUUUCAUGAACAGUGCUCAUACACACAAGAUUGUGGAGACCAUUUAUUUUGCGACACGAGCGCCUCUUACUGAAACAAUUUGGAAUGAUUUCACUGUUGCAGUUGUGUUUAAUUUCUCAUUUAAUAGGAGAGAACACGUGUUAUUAGUUCUGUGCGUGUUAUGAUUUAUUAUAACUUGUGGCAACCUCAGGUAAGUUGAGCUAUAUAUUAUUUAUUUUCCAAGUAGUCAGGUAUAUCUUGAUACAUUUGUACAAAUUAAUUAACCACAUCAUAUGUGGUAGGAAAAUAAUAGUGAUUGUAUAUCUUGCAAAUGGAGGUUAGGUCAGACGCGGUAAAAUGCCUUCUGUUAAAAGUCAUAACGGUUUUACCAAAUUAACCAUAUUUUUUGUCUCUAAUACGUAUUUAUAGAGAGAGAGAGAGCUCAUUGUGAUGGUUUCAUCAUGUACAAAUUUCCAAAAUGUAAUACCCGAAUGAUGAUUCAUACAAAAGAUCAUAUGUCUGCAGGUAGGGAUGGUUUUCAACACCAAUAGUUUAUUGGUUUUGGACACAGAAUAACGUUCAGUGAAGACGAAAAUUUUGAGAAUCACUUAAUGAUUUUCAUGUGCAUUUCGGAAAAUGGAUUAUUGAAUGUGUAUUUUGUAGUGAUGAAAGAACAGGAUGGUAUACACAAUUUUUCCACUUUUAAAUACCAUUCAAAGGAACAGACUAUACGCUCUAUCUCGCGCGUCCGCAUCCACAUACAGCCUAUCUCGCUCGCACUUACGGGAAUGAGAUUUUCGAAAUUUUCCACAAGACGAAACCUUCACAAUGGUCUGGCUCCCUAAUGUCACCUUUUUACGAAAUUACAACGGUUUUGUCAAAGAAAGUUGACUUAAUACUAAUGCAUCUUCAACAUGGGCUGGCAUCACCUCAACACAAUACAAUACAGUGAUAUUUUAUUAAAUUUUCAAAUGAGUUGAAGUAUGAUAACAUUUUUUUAUCAACAACUUAAACAAAGUAAAACGCAUAAUGCAGACCGAUGUUGAUCAGCCUGCUCACCUGCCUUCGAUUUAUUUAUUAAUGCACAAGUUCACAAAAUCUGCUAAUCAAUCUGUAGUAUUGAUCUUUUGAUCAUGGAAUCUUGGUCCAAUAGUAUAAAGUGCUAGACUGGCCAUUUAUUGUUUGAAUCAAAGCGCGACACGGUCAAUACUGUCACUUAGUAGGGCGGCCAAUUUUCAGGGUUAAAAAUGUAGAUUGGGAUUAAUUGGCAAAUGAUGAUUUCGAGUUGCAAUAAAUAUUAGGUAUGAUAAUGUGCUUUGGUAUCUCAUAUCUUGUAUGGUACGGUUGCACGAUGUUUUUCAUACUGGUGUCGCUCCCAGUUUAAAGCUAAGCAUUGCAUCUUUUACAGUAUAUUCAUCUUAUUCAUGAUGUUAUCAAGAACAAAAAGGAUGGUGACCAUGGCAAGGAACCAAGAUAACCUGCCUUAUCAAGAAAAUUACUCUGUCUACUCAGAGGAUAAGACUGAAACCGAAUACCUUCCGUCCACUAAUUACGGUUCCUCCGCGGAAACACCGAUAACAACUACAAUUUACCCUGAAGUGGAUCGAAAAAGAAAUAUGUUGAAUCCAAUAUUUGACAAUCCUUCAAAGGCUGACGAAAACGAAUCGGAUGGAAAUGUCUACUGGGACCCAGCGAGGGGAUUACUGAGUAUGCCUUUAAGCCCUUUGAAAGGAAAUGAACGAGUAGAGAAUUGGCUGCAAACCCCUCAAAACGAUGCCCUUAAAUCUGUAGAAACCAGCUGUGAAGAUAAAAAAAAUACACAAUAUACUGGAAGCGUAGAAGGGGUCAAGUCAGACACUAUAUUGAACGCUGGGAAAAAAAUUGAGAUAAUACAAAAUAUUAUUUUGAACUCUGAUAAUACUCGCAAUAUAUUUUUACCUGCGGAUGAAGUCAAAACCGUGAAAGAAGGGGCACGACGUGGUGAAAGCCUUCAAAAGGGUCAGAAAGCAGAACUGACGGACAUAGAAAAGCGAACCCAUUUUGAAGACGUUAUUCCUAGACAAACAGAUUUAUCCGAGGAAGAAAUUGUAAUAAAUACCGCAGAAAAGAAGGAGGGUAAGAGGUUCAGGAAUAAAGUGCAUUCAUGUUAUUUUUGUAUGAAGCUGUUCCAGAAUGUGCCAAGACAUUUCGAAACGAUUCACUCAUCUGAAACAAUAGUUGCCAAGGUAUUGGCAAUGGAGAAGAACUCCAAAAUAAGAAAGAAUGCCUUCGCAGAGUUGAUACGGGUAGGUGACUUUAACCACAAUUGCGAGGUUUUGUCACUAAAAAGAGGAGAGUUGAUCCUAGUUCGGCGACCCACCGAGCUAGAGGCUAAGUCUCUAUCUUACAGCGAUUAUGGACCCUGUCCCAAAUGUUUGGGUUUUAUGCUAAAAAGACACCUCUGGCACCAUACCCGAAAUUGCGAGCUUCAAUGUAAUGGAGAACCAAAUGGUAGCAAAAUGGUUGUUGCAGAGAGUAAUGCAAUUCUGAACGAAAUAUUUGGUAAACAGCUUUCUAGAGAAUUUUCAUUGGAGAUCCUUGGGAAGAUGAGAGAAGACGAUGUUGGAAGAUGCUGUGUUAAUGAUUCGCUUAUAAUAAAAUUUGGCGCUCUCAUGUUUGAAAAAUACGACGUCACUCAAGGGGCUCUUAUUCGCCAAUCAAUGCGUCAACUAGGAAGGCUGUUAUUAACUUUGAAUAAGGAGAACGGGACCCAGCAGAAUCUCUCAGAGUAUAUAAUUCCCCAAAAAUUUGAUCAAAUCGUUAAAUCCACGAAAAUACUUUGUGUUACUCACACCGACAGCGUUAAGAGACCCGAGUUUGAUACACCAUCCUUAGCUCUGAAAAUUGGAUACUCUCUCAAAAAGUGUGCUGCAAUACAGAGAGGUGUUGCACUUAGAAAUGGCGAUCUUAAGAAAGAUGAAAUUGUAAAAGCGUUUUUAAACCUUCUGGAGAUGGAAUGGGCAUCACGCAUAUCUUCCAAUGCUCUUAAUACUUUGUACAGCCGAAAGAUGAACAAAACUCAACUACUACCUAUCACUGAAGAUCUGUUAAAGCUUAACACAUUCAUUAGUAACUCUAUCAAAAUGUACAAGGAACGCCUACAGACAUUUUCAGAUUCCGAAAGCUGGAAAAUGCUAGCGUAUUGCUUACUGGCAAGAAUAAUACUUUUUAAUAAGCGCAGAUCUGGGGAAGCCGCAAGAAUAACUAUAGAUAGCUACAACUCAAAACCUCAAUGGAGUGAACAAUCCACGACUGAGUUGAAAAAUUCCCUUACACCAUUUGAGGUGAAACUUGCCGAACGAUUAGCGGUAGUAGAAAUUCCUGGGAAAAGGGCCAAGAAAGUACCAGUUCUUCUUACGGAUGAGGUUAGGGUAGCGCUCGACUUGUUAAUAUCAAAAAGAACAGAUUGUGGAAUAUCUGGUAAUAACCCAUAUAUAUUUGCUUGCUCGAAGAAUUCGACUCAAUCCUUAAGGGGGCAUGAUUGUCUUUCGAAGAUGUGCAAGCUGGCUGACUUGAGAAAUCCUGAACUGAUUACAGCUACUAAGCUAAGAAAAUAUGUGGCUACCGUAUGUCAGGUAUUUAUGUUAUAAGAAAAAUGUCAUACAUUAUCUCAACCAUUUUAUGCAAAAGUCGAUUGAAUUCAUUAUAUUGCUUUUCGGACACAAUGAGCAGAUUUUACUUUCAGUUUUAGUAAUAAUGCAUUAUAGCUGAAUGCUAUUCAAACAAAUUUUACUUCCAUACUACACUAUAAAAACGAUUUUUAAAUUUUCAAAAACUACAGCACCUCUCUAACCACCCAUGUGGGAGUCCAUUGUAUUUAUGAACUGUGUGCAAUAAAUAUUGAAUCAUGUUAGAUACCUAACAUUGAUUUUGUAUUAUUGAAGUAAGGAUAAAUUUUGAUAUUGUGAGAUGAGUGGCUAAUACAAAGCUCAAUCAAUCCGGAACCAAUUUUACAUACCCGCUACCUAACUCACA